CUAUGAUUAUUCGGGAUAUGGCGGAUCAUCGGGUAAGCCAUCGGAGUUCAAUACGUACUAUGACAUUGAAGCUGUCUAUAAUUGUUUGAAGAGCGAAUACGGCAUUAAGCAGGAGGAUAUUAUUUUGUACGGACAAUCUGUUGGCAGCGGGCCAACACUACACUUGGCAUCUCGCUUACAGAGGUUAAGAGCCAUUGUUCUUCAUAGUGCUAUACUUUCAGGAAUACGAGUUCUAUAUCCUGUAAAGAUGACAUUCUGGUUUGACAUUUUCAAAAAUAUAGACAAAAUACAAAAAGUCAGCUGCCCAGUUUUAGUGAUCCAUGGUACAGCUGAUGAGGUUGUUGAUUUUUCACAUGGUAAGCGUUUGUGGGAGCUCGCCAAAGAUAAAUAUGAUCCGUUAUGGGUCGAAGGUGGAGGACAUUGUAAUCUAGAGACAUUUCCUGAGUACAUUAAGCACUUGCGCAAAUUCGUUAAUGCAAUGGAGAAACACUCGUUUUCUAAACGAAACAAGGCACGCCUUUCUCAAGCCCCAAGUAUAACCGAAUCCAAACACAACAGAUGCUUAAGAUUUGGAAAGAGAUGAAAUGAUUUGUUCUAGUUAUUACUAAGAAGUGUUGCACAGGAAUUAGCUGCUUUUUCGCGGAAAUAGAAAAGGUUCGCGUUUAUUGCAGCAACAUAACUGAUUCAAGAACUGGCUGUUUUUACACCGAUGUUACCAACUCAAGAUUCUGCUGCUGAGCUUGUUUCAUCAUUUGCUAAAGAUUGAGGUAACGCGAGUAAGAUUUAGUCAGUUCGUUACAGAUUGCUGCUCACUUGAUUAGUUUAUGUGUUGGACAAGAUCAGUUGACUUGUCUGCUAAUGUAACAGUGUGUAUUAUCCCCAGAAAAGAUUAUGGUUAGACUUGAAUCAACUCUCUGUACAUUAGGAAUCUCAGUGUUUUAUGUAGAGACCACUACCUUUUCUUGGCAAUAGAGAUGCAAAUUUAUUUGCUUGUA